AUGAAUGUGAAUAACAUUGCAGUCAUGUUCCACAAGUUGAAUUUCUUAUUCAUGGCGUUUCUCUUAAAAGAAGUGAGUUCCAUCACUGACAUGACUGAAAACGCUUUUGGGAAAAAUAAUAUUGGACUUGUUUCUGCGUUUGGUGACUUUAAUUCCGACGAAUUAACUGAUGCCUUUAUAAUAAAUGGGUCAAGCAUUGAAGUACUGCUCGCCUUUGACAAAGAACCUUUUCUAAGGUCGUCUCUUUAUUGCAAUUUUAGUAACAAUAUAGUGAGUAGCAUAGUGCCUGGUGAUUUUGAUGGAGAUGCAUAUAUGGAUAUACUUUUCACGACCCUAAUACAGAACGAAACGUCUUUGCAUGAAGUGCGAAUAUUGUGGGGUGGAAUGCCUGAACUUAACUGCAGUGAUGCCUUAUUAAUCAAAGCUAUAACAAAAGGCCAACCGCUUGUAAUGGAUUACAAUCGUGACAUGAUUCUCGACCUAUUUGGAAUGAAUGCUCAAAAUGAAAGAGUUUUUUGGGUUUUUGAUCAUUCCAGAUCAGCCCCCAUGGAAAUUUUAAUGGGGAAUGACAAAUACAAAGAAAUUAAACUACCACAUUCACAUUCUUUUUUAGAUGUGAAUGAUGAUAAUGCUGCAGAUUUAUUGGUUACAACUAAAUUAGAUGUUGAAGUCUGGUUAAAUGAAGAACCAAGCGGUUUUAAAUAUAAUAACAGUAUUGAAUUAUUAGUUGGAUUUGCAACCACAUAUGGGCAGGCAUUGUUCAUUGAUGUUGCAUUGUCUGGUGAAUUCUUUUUAGUGCUGCCAGUUUGUUAUGAUCUGGGCUGCAUAAACAGCACUAUUCUUAUCUAUGAUAACAGACAGUGGCAUGAUUUACAAGUUGAUUUCAAUGAUGGAAAAGGCACAUUAUGGCAUUUUGUCCCACCAAGAGAUGAACCAUAUCUUGAUACUAUUACUAUGAGAAGCGGAGACUACAACAUGGACGGGUAUCCAGAUAUUCUCAUGACCCUCACCCCUUCAAAUAAUAAUAAUGAAACUAGAGUCUUUUUAAUGCAUAAUGUUCCUUGCAACCUGCCAGGAUGUAAAUUUCAUAGAACAUUUGAAGUUCAGUGGGAAAAAUUCAAUUCCUUUGGCAGCAAUGUUGUCAUGGGUACCUUUUACGAUUUCUAUAUGGAUGGUGUCCUUGAUGUAAUUUAUGUCCAGAAAAAUAUUACAACCGGGAAUUACAUGAUGAAAGCCUUCCGGAACGAACUUGAGUAUGACACAAAUUUUAUCAAAGUUAUUGUUGUCACUGGAUUAAGUAACAAACGGGUACCCACUAUCAAUGGCACUCUAUAUACCAGAAAAGUUACUUUUGGAACGAAUUUACCAGGGCCUAAAAUAGGCUAUAACACUUGGUCCCAAGAAGGUAACUACAGAACUGGUGUGUGUGCUCAACUACCACAAUCUGCUUACUUUGCAUUACAGUUACCUUAUUCCAUAUUCGGAUUAGACCGGACGCCUAAUUUUGUUGAUACAUUGACUGUGGGACUAUCCGGUUACUCUAAAAGCUGGACACAGAUUAUACCAAACUCUCAAAUAGUUUUAAUCCCAGCCCCUCCUAAUGACCCUGCCCAGUGGAGAGCACAGCUAUUUGUAACACCGAGCAAAGUUAUUCUUAAGAGUGUAUUUGUAUUAACUGCUAUAAUUAUAGUAAUUAUAGGGUGUGUUCUAUACCUACACUGGAAAGAAAGAAAUGAUCGACAGGAUAUAAUAGAAAUUGAUGAUAAAACGUAUGUUAAGCUAUAA